AUGGGGCUCCCUCCAAAGGCCUCCAGUUCCAUCCAGUUAGUUCAACUCAGUCCUCGGAUUCGGAGGGACUGCCCAAGGCUGGCAGUUAUGAACGGUGGGCUUGUCUGUGACAGAAGUUCAUCCACCCGCAAGUGGACAGCAUCUGCAGGCGUUCUCCACAUGAAGUGCGGGGAGCUGGGCUGCCCCUGCUGUCCCAUGCUCAGAGCUGUCAGGUGUGAUAAAGGCUCAGUGAUCUCAAGUCUUCUUUUCUGUCUCACGGCUUUAGAACUCCAGAGUGUCGACUGGCAGAUAAGCUUCAAUGAGCAGGCACAUCACACAGACAAGUUCUCCAGCCAGGAGCUUAUCGUGCGGAGAGGCCAACUCAUCUACAUGUCAUUGACCUUAUACCCAUGUCUCAGCUGUUCCAGACGUGUGACAUUCACAGCUUCCACAGGGCCUUACCCCUCAGAGUCGGCCAAGACAAAGGCUGUGUUUCCACUCUCCAACAGGAUAAGUGGCACUGGCUGGGGUGCACAACUUCUGCGCAACGAGAACGAUGUUGCGAGCAUCUCCAUCCUCAGUCCUGCCAAUGCACCUAUAGGAAGAUACACGCUGAGCAUUCAGAUCUCCUCCGAGGGCAAUGACUCCACUCUUAUACUUGGAACAUUCAUAUUGCUCUUUAACCCCUGGUUGCAAGAUGAUAGUGUCUUUAUGAGUAACCAUGAUGAGAGAGAGGAGUAUGUUCAGGAAGAUGCUGGCGUCAUCUUCAUGGGAAGAGCAAGUUACAUUAGCCUGAUUGGCUGGAACUAUGGACAGUUUGAAGAAGGCAUUCUGAACAUUUGCCUCUCUCUGCUGGAUAAUAGUCUGAAUUUUCGCCGUGACCCUGCUACUGAUGUGGCCCACAGAGACGACCCCCAGUAUGUUGGCCGGGUGCUGAGUGCAAUGAUCAAUAGCAAUGAUGACUAUGGUGUGGUUUCUGGGAACUGGAGUGGUAACUACGUAGGUGGCCAGGACCCAAGGAACUGGAAUGGCAGCGUGGAGAUCCUCAAGCAGUGGCAAAUGUCUGGCUUCAGGCCAGUCCGAUACGGCCAGUGCUGGGUCUUCGCUGGGACCCUCAACACAGUGCUGCGGUGUUUGGGGAUUCCCUCCCGAGUUAUCACCAACUUCAGCUCAGCUCAUGACACAGACAAAAACCUCAGCGUGGAUGUGUACUAUGACCCCAGAGGAUGGCCCAUGGACAAAGGCAGUGACAGCAUAUGGAAUUUCCACGUCUGGAAUGAAGCCUGGUUUGCACGGACUGACCUAAGCCCAUCAUACAAUGGAUGGCAGGUUCUGGACGCCACCCCCCAGGAAAGGAGCCAAGGGGUGUUCCAGUGCGGCCCUGCUUCAGUCGCCGCUCUCCGAGAGGGUAAUGUGGACUGGGACUACGACAUGCCCUUCAUCUUUGCCGAGGUUAAUGCCGACCGCAUCACAUGGAUCUACGAUGCCUGGACUGGCGGCCUGAAGAAGAAUUCCUCAAACUCUUACACCGUCGGCAAAUAUAUCAGUACCAAGGCAGUGGGCAGCAACUCUCGCAUGGAUGUCACCGGAAAUUACAAGUACCCAGAAGGUUCCAGCCAGGAAAGGCAAGUGUUUGAAAAGGCUUUGGGGAAACUUAAACCCUACACGUCGUCGUUUGGCGCAACAUCUACAAGAAUGUUUAGAAGAGAGGAACGGGAGCCCAGCAUCUCCGGGAAGUUCAAGAUCACUGACAUACUGACAGUGGGCAAAGAUGUCAACCUGACCCUGAUGCUCAAAAACCUAACGAGUGAUUCGAAGACAGUGAUGGUGAACAUGACAGCCUGGACCAUCAUCUACAAUGGCACACUCGUACACGAGGUGUGGAAGGAGUCUGUCACCCUAUCCCUGGGUCCCAAUGAAGAAAUACAGCAUCCUGUAAAGAUCGCAUAUGCACUGUACGAGAGGUACCUGAAGGCAGACAACAUGAUCCGGGCCACAGCCGUGUGCGAGAUCAGUGACGAGACCGAGGCGGUGGUGGAGAGGGACAUCAUCCUGGACAACCCCACCCUGAACCUGGAGGUGCUGGACCAGGCCCACGUGCAAAAGCCUGUGACUGUGCAGAUGCUCUUCUCCAACCCGCUGGAAGAGCUGGUGAAGGACUGCAAGCUGAUAGUGGAGGGGAGUGGCCUGCUGCUGGGCACCCUCAAGAUCGACAUGCCAAACCUGCGCCCCAGGGAGCAGUCCCAGGUGAAGUUUGAGAUCCUGCCCACCCGCAGUGGCACCAAGCAGCUCCUCGUCACCUUCUCCUGCAACAAGUUCUCCGCGAUCAAGGGCAUGCUGCCCAUCAAAGUGGUCGAGUGA